AUGAAGCUCCACUACAUUGGCGUCAUCCGCAACGAGAGCAAACCCGCCCACGAAUUAGUCGCCGAGAAAGAGCUCAGCGCAUACUCUCGCUUCACUCGUAACAACUAUGGCGAGUUCAUGACGCUUUUCGCCAAAACGGUGGCUGAGCGGACAAAGGCGGGACAACGGCAGGACGUCGAAGAACAAGACUACACUUUCCACGCCUACGGCCGCAGCGAAGGCGUCUGCGGAAUCAUCAUCUCCGACCACCAAUAUCCCGCCCUUGUAGCCCACCAACUGCUCAGCAAAGUCGUGGACGAAUUCCUCUCCAAUCAUCCUCGCUCAUCCUGGCAAAGCGGUACCCCGCAGAUCCCUAUGCCGGAGCUCAAGGACUAUCUCACCAAAUACCAGGAUCCCCAGCAGGCCGACAGCAUCAUGAAGAUACAAAAGGAGCUAGACGAGACCAAGAUUGUGCUGCACAAAACCAUCGAGAGCGUUUUGCAACGAGGAGAGAAGAUUGAUGAUUUGGUGGCCAAGAGCGACGGCUUGUCUUCGCAGAGCAAGAUGUUUUAUCAGCAAGCCAAGAAGCAGAAUUCCUGCUGUGUCUUGAUGUAG